UCGACCUGCCCUCUUCUUUCCCCAGCCUCCCACGUCCAUCCUCCACCCUAUCUCUCUCUUGGGUUUCUUGGAGCUUUCUUGAAACCCUAGCUCUAUCCAAACCUCUCUUCCCAUGAUCCUCCGAUCGAUCUCAACACCUCCCGAUUUGCGACCCCCUUUCCUCCCUCUCAAGAACCCGCCCCUUCUCCGCUGGAGCCCUCGGCUCCGCCGACGGCGGCCGAGGCUCCGGGUGCAUUCUGAGCUUGAGGACCUCUUCCACAACCUCGUCGCCGCCUUCCCCUCCCCCACCUCCCUCGACCUGCUCGUCCCUGCCCUCGGCUUCGCCUCUGGCACCGCCUUAUACCUCGCCUCCCGCCACCGCCAUGGUGGCGGAGGCGGGGUCGCCGACUCCGUUGUUGGGGAUUGGAUUUUGUUCACGAGCCCGACGCCGUUCAACCGGUGCGUCCUUCUCCGGUGUCCCUCGGUGUCGUUCGAGGACGGCGGCGAGCUGCUGGAGGGCGUGAACGAUAGGCUGGUGAGGGAGGAGCGGCAUUACGUGAAUCUUAGCCGGGGGAGGAUCCCGGCGGCGAGGUUGGGGAAAGAUGGAAAGACCGAGGAGGAGGAGGUCUCGUACCAGAGGGUCUGCGUAGGGACCGAGGAUGGAGGAGUGAUCUCGUUGGACUGGCCGGACAAUUUGGACAUCACGAGGGAGCAUGGGCUGGACACGACGAUGGUCAUCGUGCCGGGGAUGACCGAAGGAAGCAUGGAUAGAAAUGUGAGAAUGUUUGUUAUUGAUGCCCUCAAGCAUGGAUAUUUCCCCAUUGUUAUGAACCCCAGAGGAUGCGCUAGUUCCCCAUUGACCACAGCAAGGUUAUUUACAGCUGCUGACAGCGAUGAUAUCUGCACAGCUAUCAGAUUCGUUAACAGAUUAAGGCCCUGGACAACAUUGAUGGGUGUCGCCUGGGGUUAUGGUGCAAAUAUGCUGACAAAGUAUCUUGCUGAAGUGGGAGAGACAACUCCUCUAACAGCUGCUGUUUGCAUAGACAAUCCUUUUGACUUAGCAGAAGCCACAAGGUCAUUCCCUCAUCAUAUUGCUUUGGACCAAAAGCUCACAAGUGGAUUGAUAGAUAUUCUUCGAGCUAAUAAGGAGCUCUUCCAAGGAAAAGCUAAAGGUUUUGAUGUUGGAAAAGCUUUAUCAGCCACAUCUAUUCGUGAUUUUGAUGAAGCCCUAUCAAUGAUUUCUUAUGGGUGUCAUGCCAUUGAGGAUUUCUAUUCAAAGAUCAGUACAAGGCAGGCCGUCAGCAGCUUGAAAAUCCCUGUCCUAUUUAUACAGACUGAUGAUGGGACUGUACCACUUUUCUCUGUUCCACGCAGUUCAAUAGCAGAAAAUCCAUUUACAAGCCUUCUUCUUUGUUCUUGUUUGCCUUCCACUAUUGUCACAACUGGGAGAUCUGCUAUUCUUUGGUGCCAAAAUCUAGCCAUUGAGUGGCUUUCAGCAGUGGAACUUGCACUUUUGAAAGGUCGCCAUCCUCUUCUAAAAGAUGUCGAUAUUACCAUCAAUCCUUCAAAAGGCUUAGCAUUUGUUGAUGGCAUAGCAUCAAAGAGAAGUAUUUCAGAUGGAAAUAGUUUCCAUGAGAGCUGUGAUCCAUCCCCGUUGUUUUUAGGCCGUAAGAGUGAUAGUCACUCGAAAUCAAGAAAUGAGUUGCAUGGAAUCCUGAAAAAUGAUGAUGCAGGAACAGGUAUGGACAAAAAUGUUGAAGUGUUGCAGCCCAAUGGUGCGGUUAAUGCCAGUUUGGACAAACAAGGAGAUGGUCUUAUGGAUAGUGAAAAUAGCCAAGUAUUACAAUCUGCUGCUGCCAUCAUGAAUAUGCUUGAUGUUACUAUGUCUGGUACACUAGAUGAUGAACAAAAGAAAAAGGUUCUUACUGCCAUGGAGCAAGGAGAAACACUUAUGAAAGCUCUGGAAGGAGCUGUGCCUGAAGAUGUACGUGGAAAGCUUGCAUCUGCUGUUACUGAGAUUCUGCAAACUCAGGGUACGAACUUAAAUAUUGAUGGGCUCAAAAAGAUUGGAUGGCUUCCUAAUUUAACAUCAGAGCUGAAAUCAAGGAUCCAAGGUAAGUUCGGGGGAGUUUCAAUCAGUGAAAUUGGGCACAAUGAGAUUCACUCAUCGGGGCAGAGUAAAAGGGGUACCGACAGUGAGGAAAGAACAGAAGAUGAUUCGGCUUCAGGAACUGACAACACUCAGGAGAGCAUUGAGUCUUCUCAGGAAAAGUCUGCCCAAGCUUCUGGACAUAUUGAAGCUGGGUCAGAAGUAGCAGGUAAGUUAAACCAGCCUAACAAAUUUGAGAAAGGAAUUGCUAGGAUAGAUGAGACUAUGGGCGAGCAGCAGAAGAUCAAUCAAAGCCAUGAAAUAGCUGAGAAGCACUCUGCAUAUGAUCAAGUGGCUGCAAAUGAUGCAAAUGAUGCCCAUAACAAUGAAGCAAAAAAAGUGGAUCCUGCAGUAAAUCAAAAUAAGCCAAUUUCAUCUACCAACACCGAAGAAGCAUCUUCAGGUGGCUCAUCCGCUUCUGAGCAGCAGGUGACAGAAAAAGCAGGGAAUGAAAUUGCAAAGAAUGAAGAUACUCGGGAUAUGGUAGAUCAAAAUAUACAAAGCUCUUCCACUAAAUCAGAAGAACCGUUGUCACAUCCGUCUUCUAAGUCCUCCUCAAUAAAUGUCACUCAGGCAUUAGAAGCCUUAACUGGGUUUGAUGACUCUACACAAAUGGCUGUUAAUAGUGUUUUUGGAGUUAUAGAAAAUAUGAUCGAUCAAUUAGAGAAAACGAGCAACCAGAGGAAUGACGAUGAAAUAGAUAAAAUUGAGGAUCAAGAAUCCCAGAUUGGUGAUGAAGUAAAUAAAAUUGAGGAUCAGGAAUCUCGAAUUGCAUCACAUGACUUCCCUCCCAUCAAUGGAACCCAGUCUGAUAGCAUAGAGGACAGUGACAAUAGACCAGGUGAAGUAUCAAAUGUAAGUCAACCAUGUAAUCAACUCGAGAACAAUUUACUUGAAGAUAAGUGGGGCGAGGAUAAGCUAUUUGCAUUGCCUGGAGAGAACAGUAUAAGUCUGUCUCAAGAAUGUAAUUCAGGAGGCAAUUAUAUAGAUAGCAAGGACCUUAAUAUGGUUGGUUGUGUCCAAAAGUUUCCAUUAAAUGUAGUUAUGAACUCUUAUUGGGGCCCACCAUAUUCAGCAUAUCUCCAUAGAUAUCUUUCUGCACAGUCACCAAUAAUAAAAUCAUCAGAUCUAAAUUCAACAACUGAUCUAUUUCUUGACCCACAAGAAGGUCGGUGGAAAAUGCUAGAUCAAGAAGGAAAUACUAACAAUACUGUAGGUGCAAGUGGAGAAAACCAGAGCAUCAAUGGAAUUAGUCAUAUUAUCUAUUCCUCAUCAGAACAAGGUGAUGUGGAGAAAGUGGUCGAACCAUCCUACAUAAUAUUAGAUACUGAAUUGUCAAGGUUUGAAAAGCAACAGCCCGAAGAGUUUAAUGAAAUAGAUGAUUCUAUCAAACAAGCUGAUGCUAAAAAAGAGGAGUUGAUUAGCUUAAUUAGGAAGGCUUUGCUGGAAACUUUGAAGGUUGAAGUUGCUCGCAGAUUAGGUGUGCCUGACUUGAAGAAAAUGGAGAGUAGUCUGGUCUAUGAUCUGGAACGAGUCAGUGAUGCAGUAUCCAGAGCUGUUGUGUCUGACCAUGAGAUUUAUUCGAACUCAUUUUUAGAAAGUGAUGAUCCUAGUUUGGUGAAGUUUAGUGCAGUUGAGGGAGAGCACAUAAUACAAGCCAUUUAUUCUGCAGUCCAGGAUGCCAACCAUUUGAGAAAAGUUCUUCCAGUUGGUGUGAUUGUUGGUUCAAGCUUGGCAUCUUUAAGAAAGUACUUUCAGGUUGCUUCUCUGCAUGGUGAUGUCCAAAGCAAAGCCAACCAUCAAUCAGGAAAUAUGGGGCAAAAGAUUUUUGAUCAAGAAAGACACAUUGGGACUGGGGAUCAACAUGCUGAUACAGAUAGCUCAUUAAAUAGUGAGAAUGAAACACGUGAGAUAGACAGUUCAAACAAUAAGGGCAUCAUGGUUGGAGCUGUUACAGCUGCCUUGGGUGCAUCUGCUUUAUUGGCACAGCACCAGCAUAACAAGGGCUACAAAUAUGAUGAGACCAUGGAAAAUCCUUCUGCCUUAUCUGAUGAGAAGGGGCUUCCCCAUGCGGAGCAUGCUGAGCUUGAGGAAGCAAUGCGAGAAAAAAAUCAGGAUAAUUUAGUGAUCAACCUUGCUGAGAAAGCAAUGUCUGUUGCUGGUCCUGUAGUACCUACUAAGACUGAUGGGGAAGUGGAUCAGGAAAGACUGGUUGCCAUUCUGGCAGAAUUGGGACAAAAGGGUGGAAUGCUGCGAUUAGUUGGCAAAAUUGCUUUACUCUGGGGUGGCAUACGUGGUGCUAUGAGCUUGACAGACAGGCUUAUCUCAUUCCUGCGGAUUGCUGAACGUCCUUUAUUUCAGAGGAUACUUGGGUUUGCUUUCAUGGUGCUUGUUCUAUGGUCACCUGUGGUGAUCCCCCUGUUCCCAACACUUGUUCAGAGUUGGACAACAAAGACUUCAAACAGGAUUGCUGAAUAUGCUUGCAUUAUAGGUCUCUGUGUCUCUAUCACAAUUCUUGUUGUGUUAUGGGGUAAAAGAAUUCGGAGAUAUGACAACCCUCUUGAACAAUAUGGGCUGGAUCUGACAUCGGCAUCCAGGGUCCAUGAUUUCCUCAAGGGUUUGCUUGGAGGAAUGAUGAUAGUCUUGUGCAUACAUUCAAUGAGUGGAUUACUGGGAUUUGCAAGUGUUUCUUGGUCAUUAGGUCUGCCAUCAAUUUCAGCAGGUCCUGUUGUAUUGCUCAAAGCAUAUGGGAGGAUGCUAGCACAUGCUGUUCGAGGUAUUGUGACUGCAACUGGCAUUGCUCUAGUGGAAGAAUUGUUAUUCAGAUCAUGGUUACAGGAGGAAAUUGCUGUUGACCUUGGAUAUUACCAUGCCAUCAUGAUAUCUGGAGUUGCAUUUUCUAUGAUUCAUGGGUCCUUGGCUUCAGUACCAGGUCUCUUGCUGCUAUCUUUGGCGCUAUUCGGAAUAAAACAAAGAGCUCAUGGCAAGCUCUGUGUCCCAAUUGGAUUGCGCGUGGGGAUAAUGGCUACCAAUUUCACCUUGCAAUCUGGUGGCUUCAUAAAAUACCGGCCUAGUACUCCUUUAUGGCUAGCAAGUGUGCAUCCCAUGCAUCCAUUUGAUGGAGCUGUUGGUUUAGCUGUUUGCGGAAUUCUGGCCAUCCUUUUCUUUCCCCAGCAACCUCUGAAGGGGGAAAUCACAAGAGUUGUUUCAGAGUAGAAUGCGAGUACAUGGGACAUUGCUCUAUCAAACAUUUAGCUAGAAGCGAGGAAGAGUAGAUUCAGCAUAAUGAUGCUGCUCCCGCAAUGUAAAGGCACUUCACAAAUUUUUGUAGAUUCAAAAUACAACGGUGGUAAGCAGAUAGCCGUGCUGGAGGAAUAUUGAUAGUAUUUUGGCACAAGAGAAACAUUGAGGUGAAGGAGAAUGGACCAUCAGUUUGCAUCUUACCAUAAAGAGGCAUCACCAUGAUUGAGUUCUGCCUUGGUCUUCAAAACAUGGAUAAUCAUUAUGAAUGCAGUUUUGGUAGGUUUGAGACUUAUCAAUUGUAAAGUUAUGCAUUGUACAGCAAUGGACUGUGUUAUAUUUUGUAAAAUAGGUUAAAUAAAUAAGAUGCUCAACAAAUGCCUGGAAGAGUGUACAGGUUCCCUCGUUGUGUUGUACUCUUUAGAUUAUGGUAUGUCCAGUGGACCAACAAAAUUGUGCAAAUGGAAGAAGGCCUUUUACAAGUUUAGUGGAAAGAGGAAACUUGAUGUACAAACAAUGUAUUUGAAAGAAAAUAUUUAUGGCGGCGUUGACUGUCUUUUGAUUU